UUUAGAAUCAAUGUCAUUGCUGUGGUUGAAAGAAGAAGAAGACGCCUUUCAAUCAACUACAAGAUGAACAAAUUGACAAGAGAAGAGAUGGCCUGUUUCCGGACGGCGUUGGCGCUAGUGUUGGUCAGGAAGAGACUCCAGCAUAAGAAGAAGAAUCGACAGCACCAAUGCCGCCAAACCAAUGACAUGAUGACGACGACUGUCACAACUCGGAGCAAUCCAUUGAAACGACAGGAGUCUCUACAGGAACCUCUUGCUGCGACCAAGAGAUUGCGUACCAUGGAAUCAUCUUUCGACGAAGGAGCGAAACACGGCAAUGACGACGACGACGACGCGACUAUGACGACGUGUGAUCGUCGCCACCAGAUGAAGUCCAAGCAGCAAGAACAUUUGGACGGCAUGAUGGCCACUGCUAUUCGUACAGCAUCGUGUCUUGUUGGCGACCAGAAAACCAAGAAAAUUUCCAACCAUGGACAGUCGCCGGCAACACUUGCUUCGUCUUUUCCUCAAGAGCAGAAAGCUGCCUGGUCGACUCUACAGGCACUGACGACACACUUGGCGCAGCAAUUGUCAUUUGCGUUCAGCAGCACUACUGCCAAAAACAACCAGUGGGUCGAUGACUGGGCUCGUCGCAGUUUGUGCCAACUAUUGUGGGUGGAAGAGGAACAUUCUUCCAUGGAUGCCGCCUUUUUGGUGUGGCGUGGAAUCCUAUUUGGUGGGUCGUCACAGCUCUUCACCACCACACCCAAAGCUCCUCGUCAUGAGCAGCAGCACCGGAUUUGUCGACAGCUGUUCCUGCGAGUGUUUUGCGGUUUGCUCCAGGACGAACUGGGCGUCGCGGGUGACUUGUUGUCCCGUGAUGGUGUCUGGAUGCCGCCGUGGGAUCCAACCACCAGUGUUGCUGGAACGUCGUCGCCUCCAAGCACUGAUGCGUCGUCGGCUCAAGGAUCCUUCCAGAGUGGUGGCAGCGCCACCAAGCCCGCAUGGCAACGCCUCUUUGACGAAAUCUCCAAGAACCAACACGUCCAUCAAUCCCCCUUGAUGGCGGUGAACCAAUCCUGGCUGGUACACGGUUUGCAAUUGGUGCAAAAGAUUGCCAAGGAGGAUCGCCAUCACUCCUCGCGCCGUACUAGGAGCGUGCAACCCACUGCGUAUCUGCCACCCGCCAACUUGGUCUCUUGGUAUCCCGUGUCGACGGCCCGCCGCGAGAACGUUCAAGGAGACGGGGCCUCGGUGGCAUCGUCGUCAUCAUCCUCUAUGGCGCCGGCUGCUGCCUUGGGACCCGGGGCUCAGCUCAUGAGCAUGGUUGCACUGUAUCAAGCAUUGAAAGAAGACAAAUAAAUCAAGGAAGGAAGAGGCGUCGUGGAUUACGGAUUUGCUUGUGGUCCCGGGCAAGGUCGUCAAUGUUUCUCGUUGCAGUUGUACCUACUGGUAUUGUAUUGUAUUGUAUUUCCAGGAGUUGCCCAUCGAUCAUCAUUGUUCUGUUCACAUCCUGCCAGCACAAUGGAGCCGUAGAAAGGACUAAAUAGUAAUGAUAAAAGCAACUUUGGAUGAAAAAGCUAGUCCGGAGGAAACUACAUCAAAUUAAUUUGACCUUUUAUUACUGGAGCCUUGGAAGGCAAAUUCUAGGCAACAGAGCCACUUUUGCGACGCCAGAGAACCGAUACAAUCGGCCACCACAUCAACGCCGGGUCAUUGCCACAAGGAGAUUUUCUCAUCCCCUUUUACAGAACAUCACCACGUCAUAAUAUGAAACACGCACAACCUGAAUGCAGUACCAGCACAGUACCAGCCGUCAUGUAAGGCAAAGGGCACGAUAGGGCCCCGAAGAGCUCCUAUCUAUCCAUCCAUUUGCAAUUCAGCAAAUUAACUGCCGCCAUCAUUGUCGUCCUCUCCUUCAAAGAACAUGGCGUUGAUCAUGAGGGCAGAACCAACAAUGAGGGCCUUCUGCUGGGGAGUGGCAUCAUUGGGGAAUGUACAUUCCUACCAUCACAAAAAACAAAUUUUUAGAUUUCCGUCAUCAUGCUCUUUGGUUUCUUGAGAAUUUUUCCAAUGUGUUCGGCAUCAUUGGUAUUUGCCUGGUCGAAAGGGAAAAGAUGGUAUGGCACCUUGCAGCAACCCUUUCCACAACAAGGAUUUCCCUCGGCACAGCAAUUGACACAGCAUCCACCACAGCAUGUGGGUUGAUGGAGUCUGUAAAUACCUUUGCCGGUGUGGUCAAAGACCUGAAAUUCUGGCACACUAGAAAGCGGAAAGGUCGACAAUAUAUUAUGAGAAAUUCAAAAUUCAACAGAUAACCAAGAUGUAAAUAACCCCAAAAACAAUCCAACAAGAUUCAGCCAUAGCAACCAUAAAAUAAAAUAAACACUCACCAGUACCAGCAAGUUUCCUUC